AUGGACUUUUCUCGCUCAUCCACGCCAGAGGCUCCUCCGCAGGAUUUAUGGUCCUCAAUCCUCGACUCCGUCUCUUCAUCGCGUUCGAUACCCUCAAAGCAAAUUCUCUUGCUUGGCCAACCGUCAACGGGAAAGUCAACCCUCGCCGCUGCGUUACUCCAGAAACCAGUGACGGACGACGGUAAGGACGAUCAAAGAACCGACUUUGCUGUUGGUUACGACUUUGCUAGCGUGAGAGACGAGGCUGACGAAGACACGCUGGCGCGUCUAUCAGUCUACACAGUCCCCUCUGCAGCGCCAUAUUACACAGCUCUUCUACCGCACUUCCUUCCUCCGCGGUUCUCUCUUCCUCAUACCCUUGUUGUUAUUGUUUUGGAUUGGACACGACCUUGGACCUUUGUCGACGAGCUACAGACAUGGCUAGAAUGGGUCGAAUCGUGGGCAAAGGGGGAUGGAUCGCGAGAACUGGAAAUCGUCCGAGAAGAAUGUCGGGAACGAUUACAGUCAUACCUACAACAUUACACUGAACCGUCAACCGAUCCUUUACCUACAUCCAAUUCUACACUCUCGACGACACUUUUACCCCUUGGACCCGGAUCAUUUACCCACAACUCUGCCGGUGUUCCAAUUAUUGUGACCUGCACCAAAGCGGACCUCAUAGACGACGGUAAUGACAUGGCUGCUGGUACCUCCGGAAUGGGGAGCAUGGUGAAAGGCAAGGGAGGGGAAUGGGAAGAAAGGACUGACGGAAUAAUGCAAGUUCUUCGAACAAUUUGCUUAAAAUACGGUGCAUCAUUAUUCUAUACGACACCCCUUCCUGCAAAUCUACAAGUAUUGAGACAACACGCCCUGAAUAUGCUUUUCAUGCCUCCAGCGCCUUCCCCUGGUAUGGGGACGUCUGGGGAAGCACAGGCCCCCGUUAGGAACCUUUUCCCUUUCAACCACAAGCCCAACACCUUGGACCGAGAUCGUAUAGUCGUGCCAGCUGGUUGGGAUAGCUGGGGGAAAAUAACUGUGAUGAGAGACGGCUUUGAUGCGAAGAUGUGGGGGGAAGCUUGGGAAAAGGACUUGGAAGUCGAUGCAGGCGGUGAGGGUGGAGCGAAGAGAUUAUAUACGACAUUUGUGCCUGAUCAGGGUCAAAAGCCACCACCACUUCCUCCAUUCAACAAUCCCACCCCAGAGCAAGCGUUCCUGGCCAAGAACUACGACGAGAACUCCAAAAAGUCAGAUCGAGAUCCCCGUGGUGCUUUCCGGAACCCAGCAGAUAUUGCUGGUACUUCGGCUGGUAUUGUUGGCCCCCUUGGGAGCAGCAGCUUUGAUCUUCCGAACGUGGUGCGCGCUUUGUCUGAGAUGGAAACUGGAAUUGGAGGACCUCCACCAACCUCUGCAGAGGCCGCACCACGACGAGCGCCUGCUGGCCGAACAGCUGCUUCUGGCAGACCGACUGGUCUUUCAACACUGGGUACUUCUGGGAUGUCACCAACACAUGGUGCAGGACGUACGCCAACGUCACCUGCGCCUGCAGCUGGCACGCCCAGUCCGACAAGCGGAGGACAGACACAACAUGAAUUGCUACACAACUUCUUCCAGAGCCUACUCAGUUCGAAGGAUCGGCCGGGGGCAAGCGCUGCAGCCGCCAGCCGACCCAAUGUUAAUGGCAACGCACAUACGACUGACGAACCAAAUAACUAG